AAGUGAAAAAUAUAUUUGACUUUUGCUCAGCUGUUGUUGUUGUGUAGCAGACGACGUUAUUGCUAUGAAUCGCUAUUCGGAUUGAAUUGAAUUGCGUUCAAUCUAUUCGAAAAUUGGUAACCCUUUCCCGAAAUGGAACUGACUAAGUUGUGUGCCAAAUAUUUCGAUUGCUGCAAUCUCUAUGACGUUUUGGGUGCCGAUAAAGCAACAGAUGGAAGAAAACUCAAAAGGGCCUAUUUCAAGAGGUCUCUAGCAUUCCAUCCAAACAGCAACAGCGAAAAAAGUGAAACUGAUGAAGGUUUUGAGAAGUUUAAGACACUUUUUAAAGUAUAUUCCAUUUUAAGUGAUGAAGAAAGAAAACGGGUGUAUGACAAGACAGGUUGUGUGUGGUUAGAUGAAGAACUGAUGGAUAACAGUUUCAACUGGUUAGGCCACUGGGCACUUACAUUCAAGAAAGCAAAUGAUUCAGUUAUCAACUCAUUUUUGAAUCAAUACAGAGGAUCAAUGGAAGAAACUGAGGAUCUGAAAAAACUUUAUAGCCUUUAUCGAGGAGAUGUGCCAAAAAUAAUGAACAUGGCUCUAUUUAUUACUGCUGAAGAUGAAGUCAGGAUUCGUGACAGUAUACAGUUCAUGAGUGAUCAAAAACAUCGCUCAAUUAAAGAUAUUGUUAAAAAACCUGUUAAACGAAAUAUGGUCGACGAUGAUGGUGGCAAGAGAAAAAGUAAAAAAGUUAAAAAACCCUCUCAAGGGGAUCUUCCCCUAUCUACAAAUUUGUGAGAUUGCAAUUACAAAUAACUGCUCAUUGAACAUUCAGUUAUUAACAGUUUGACGAGUAGCUCUACAGAAGGGUGAAGGCAGAACCAUAAAGUUAGAGUUAGGUCCUUAUUUAAAAAAUUAAAUAAAAUACUACGCCCUGGAUUACGCGAACAGUUGUAAUGAACGUGAAAUUUUGCCAGAAAAUAAUUUUUUGUACCGAAUUCAUGAAGAGAAAUGAGAUCGCAUUCUACUCACAAAUUUUUAGGCAACGAAUAAAUAAAAGACCCUUUUGAAGCUCGCCAACGCCCACUGCCAUGCCAGAGUCCUAUAACUCUUGCCAUACCAUACACAAUUUGUGCCUUUUUAAAGAAGACGAAAUACACUUUCUUUAAAUAAUUAA